AUGGUGAACACAGAUCAGGGAAACCAAACGUCCAUCACAGAAUUCAUCCUCCUGGGAUUCGGGAAUCUUCCUGAACUGCAAACCCACCUUUUCCUGCUAUUUCUAGUGAUCUACAUUGUGACCAUGGCUGGGAACAUCCUCAUCAUUAUGCUAGUUGUCACUGAUCAACACCUUCACUCCCCGAUGUACUUUUUCCUGGCAACCUUGUCCUUCUUGGAGACCUGUUACAGCUCCACCAUUCUGCCCAGGAUGCUGGCCAGUAUCCUGACCGGGGACAGAACCAUUUCUCUCUGUGGUUGCAUUGUACAGUUUUAUUUCUUUGCUUCUCUGGUGGGUUCAGAGUGUUGUCUCUUGUCGAUGAUGUCUUAUGAUCGGUAUUUAGCAAUAUGCAAACCGUUGCAUUAUGCAGGCCAUAUGAGUGGAAGGUUCUGCUUCUACCUAGUGGCAGGGUCUUGGAUUAAUGGCUUUGUAGCAAUUGCUAUAAUCAUAUCCUUAAUGUCACAAUUAAAAUUCUGCGGCCCCAGUGAAAUUGACCAUUUCUUUUGUGACUUCACCCCAGUGAUAAAACUCUCCUGUAGUGACAGCCACUUGAUGGAACUUGUGACAUUCAUAUUCUCAUCCUUAUUUACUCUGCCCCCAUUUGUAUUAACCCUGGCAUCCUAUACUUGCAUCAUCAUCACCAUUCUGAGAAUCCCUUCCAGCACUGGGAGACAAAAAGCUUUUUCCACCUGCUCCUCUCACCUCAUGGUGGUUACAAUUUUCUAUGGGACCUUGAUCAUUGUGUACCUGUUACCAAGAACCAAUACCAUGAGAGCCCUGAACAAAUUGUUCUCUGUCUUCUAUACUGUCCUAACUCCUAUGGCCAAUCCCUUCAUAUACAGCCUGAGAAACAAAGAGGUCAAGGGGGCCCUGAGAAGAGCUAUCAGGAAAAUGCUUGUAUGA